AUGGAUUCAAGUAUACGCAGCCUGAUUUGUACUGCAAAAAGCCAAGCAGGAGCAAAUCAAAUCCAUGCUUUAGAACAGGCAUACAAGAUUUUACGAACAGUGGCAGAAAACAGACCAGCUAUAGAUGAAACUGAGGCGUUUAAUUCUGAUCUUUAUGUUUUAUGUGCAGAAACAGCUUAUCAGUAUGGUUUAACAGAUAUGACAAGAGAAUGUUUAAAGAUGUUUUUUAUGAAGCCACCGCCUGCCAAUCAGUUUUUAUGUCGAGCCUAUCUCUGUCAGGCUCAGUUGAUAGCGCCACAUGAUGCCAAUAAUUGGGCUCAGUUAGAGAAGGCAGUAGUGUAUAUAGUAAAGGCUAUUACAAUCGCUAAAACAAAUCAGAGAUAUCAUUUUAUUGUGUACAAUGCUUCAGUUAUCUACUGGCAGUUCUGUCGGCCAUUUUUAAAACCAGGCUAUCGUCAAUAUCUAGCUACGAGUCUACACCAGAUCGUCAAGGCUCUUGAUGAUAUAGACGAUCAGGAUUUUGAAUGGAGAGCACAACUAAUGAUAGGAUUGAUAGAAUGUCAUCUGGAUGCUGGUAGAAGAUCUGACGCCUCUCAUAUCGCCACGGCAGCAGCUACCUUUAUCAAACAAAAUGUUCCAGCCAUGUUUAAACAAGUUUUUGGUUUGAUGGUCCAUAACCAAUUAGUAGAAACAUCCAAAUUACAUAAAGAUAUCAAAAAUUCACCAGAGUUGUCAGUUUAUUAUAAAAUAUGUAAAAUCAAAUUAUCUUUAGAAAUGAAGGAACAGAAAGACUACUACACUGAAAUACAAGGAAUAUUGAAUCAGAUGGGACUGACUGUUUCUCAAACCUUGUCACAAACAACUGUGUCUGAUCGUAUUUCACGGAAAGAUUCCAAAAUGGCGACUGGUCGUGAUAGUUCUACCAACGUUAGUUUAUCACAGCCUGGUAAAGAUGAGGAGACAACUCCUACUAAAAGAAGUGGAAGUAAAACAGGAAGAAGAACUCCGACUCCCACCAGUUCUAAAAGAUUUCCAGGAGACUGUUCUGACAAGCCAUAUUUAUUACUGGAACUAGGCAGAUUGUGUUUGGAGCUAGAUUUACCUGAGUUAGCCGAGAGUUGUGUGGACUCUAUUAAACAGAGUAAUAUCAAGGAUCCCAAGUUUUUUCUGGAGUUAGAAUUUCUGGACUGUGAAAUGAUGGUCAAAGUUUUGGGUGAAAAACAAGAAUCCUAUCAGAAAGUUUCAGUAGAUACAAGAUUACUGAGUAUGAAACGUUGUGAAGAAGCCAUAAUGAAUUCAAAACGUCAGGGAGAUCCAAAUAUUGUACAAGUUGGUUGUGUAACUCAGUGGAAUCUAUCUCUUCCAUUACAACAACCAAAUCUACGCCAUCACAUUCGUAAACAUCUGACAGUUAUAGCUGAGGCCUUGGAGGAAAUUAACAGUCUGUUGGUACAGUUACGAUGUCAGAUUCAUACGGAACUCUCCCAUUGUGAAGAAGAUAGUGAACAGAUUCAGGUUGCUAUGCAACACAUUAAAAAGGCUCUGUCUCUAGAUGAUGGUGAGGUUUAUAGAGAACGUCUUGAAGUAGCGUUACACCGACUAGAAUUACGAUCAGAACUUUAUCAACAACCUGAACGAGCUGAAGAUCUAGCAGCCAUGAUUAUAGAACAGGCUCGUAACUGUGAUUCUGGUACUAUUAGAAUGAAGAGGUCGUUACUUGUAAAAGCUGGUGAAGCUCUAUCACCUGACGCCUUUCUUCUUGUACUGGAUAGUGAGAGCGAAACUAGAGAUAUUGCCAGUGGGAAGGGACCACAAACCAUGAUAACGAAGCUCGCAUGUAAAGCUCAACAGUUUAAUAAAUGUGUCAAGAAAGUUGAAGGUCAUAUAAAACGUCUUGGUAAUGAGAAUGAUCGUGAACGAGCGCGACUGUGGGCAGAUUUAGCUAAAACAGCACGUAAACAUGAAGUAUGGGAUGUCUGUCGAGUAGCGGCCAGGUUUACUCUACUGUAUGAUGAUGAUAGAUGGAAGAGUGUUUCUGAAGACAGAUUAUCUUUGAUUAUUGAAGCCCAGUAUUUAACUAAACAACAUUUUCAGAGAGUCCACAUGGCUAAUACAUAUUAUUUGGUAUUUAGUCCAGUAACAGUGAGUAGAGAGAAAGAAAGUCGUGAAGAUGGAGCUACAUCUGAAAUAGAGAAGAAAUCAACAAGUCGUAUUGGAAGUCGUCCCACCACCCCAGACCAAUCUCUACCUUUAUAUAAUAAAGAUUUACUACGGAUACUAGCUGAGGUUAAUUUUAUACUAGGAGAGGCGUAUAUUCAUCUAUUACGUUCUGAGAAAGUUGAACUGAACAAUGUACCAAUACCUCCAGAAGAUACGAGAAAAAGACCAAAAGGUUAUGUUGCGAAGAAACCAGAGGAAGAUCCUGAUUGGUUGGAAUAUUGUGAUUGGAUCAAGAUGUUAUCUGAAAUGUCAACUAAAAGUUUUCUACGAGGGUUAGAACUAGGCGUAGUGUUGGAUGAAGCGUGGUUGGUCUGCAGUGCUGCCGCCUAUAUCUGGAACUAUAAUAACCACGUCCUGGCUGGUAAUAGACAUCGUGAGAUAUUAGACACUCUAUCAGCCGUGUUGGAUGGUUUACGACAAGUUGGACACGCUGGAGAAACAGUCAUGUUGGUGAAUAUCUGUAAUGCCCUAGCAUAUAGUUUAAUUCUACCUUGGAUCCCUGCCCCUGCACCUAAAGAAGUUCAGGAACCCCCUACCUCCCCCUCCCCUGAUGAGAAGGGUAAGGAUAAGAAACCAGUAAGAGCAACUGUUGGAACAGCUAAAAGUAAAGGUGGUGUUACCGUGACGAUAUGUUCCGAGGCUCAACCAGAUCUUAAGAAAGCUAUUGAGGUGUGUGAAUACGGUAUUCAGGUAACCAAUGGUGACAAUACACGAGAUAUAGUACCAAUAUCAAUACGUCUACCGUUAUUACAAACCUGGGUCUGUGUUAAACAGAUGGCGCUACAACAAAUUCCUAAAACACUGGGAACAGACGAUGAGACGAAUAUGGAAGGACAGAGAGGAAUGACGAAAGCCAUUGUUGCUACGGAGAUGUCAGCUUUAUCUAAAAAUGGCAUCAUGGAAUUUAAAGAUGGAAUAAAUUUAACAGAGAUAACUCAACUGGUAGAAAAUUGUAGAUGGACUGAAAAAUUUAUUGAGCUGCAACUUUGGUCCAAGUUGACGUUUUUAUCUUUUGAUCAGAAACAACAUUCAUUAGUGCUGAAAUGUAGUGAAAAAGCUUUGAGGUUCGCUGUAGUUGGAACACAACCUAAAAAUAGAAAAAUGGAUCCACAUAGAGCUAUGGUGGAACAGGAAAUGUUGAGUUAUACCAGUUGCAUCUUGGGACAAAGUUUAAUGGUAAAUAUGGCGGGAAAGAAUUCAAUCAGACGUCAAGCAAUGGAGGCUUUCUUGAAUAGCGCUAGAUAUGCCAGAAACGCUAAGAAUUAUGGUCUAGUUAUGUCAGCAGCUCGACAUUAUUGGAACGCAUGUGUACCGCUACUCAAUCAACCAAUAGAACGCGAGUUAAUAAAAGAACCUGUUCGUGUUUUAUUACAAUGUAUUACAGCAACGGCUGAUUCUCCUAAAAAAGAGGAUAAAGAAGAGAAGACAGGACAGGGUGAGGGAAUUGUCAAUAUCAAGGGAGAUAAUAAAGAGGAAGAGAAAUCAAGUCGUCUGGUUGGUGGUAUAGAUGAUGAUCUCUCCCUCCGUGCUGCCUUAUAUGGUCUGUUAUUCCAAGCUUACGCAGAUAGGGGAGAAUGGGAAGAAUCUAUGGUUGCUAUGGAUCAAGCUAUAACAGACAUGCCUCGUACUAAACAUCGUCUGUUGAUAUUUAAACAUCGUGUAAUGGUGAAAGCGAGGCUAGGUCAGGACGUACAGAUGGAUAUACAGAAAUUCAAGGAUGAGAGUGAAGAUUAUGUGGCUCACAUGUGGCGUCGUGUUGCUUUAAGUUCUAAAGUUACAGCUGAACAGCUCUCAUCUUAUCAGAAUGCAAUAGAAGCACUAACGAGUGUAGAAUCUAACUGGUUAAAGAUAGAUUACCUACUAGAGUUCUCUCAGUGGUUGUAUGUUAAUCAGUUUCCUAUAGAAGAUAGUAUAGAUCAAGUAGAAUGGGCCGUUGAUAUUUUAUUAAAUAUGAAGUUUGAAUCACCACUCAAGAAAGAUGCAUUGAGUGACUCCACCAACAAUCUAAGCAAAGAUAACAAGAAAGAGAAAAAGAAAGGAAGAAUGUCGGCUAAAAAACCGAAAACACCGGAACUGGAGAAGCCAGUGAUAGAAACAGUGGAUAUAAAAUCAGAGAAGGCUGAAUCUGAGAAAGAAAUUAAAGCUGAAGAUUACGUACCCGUGGUAAAACAAGCUGAUAUAGGCCACACUUUGUUUUUUGUUUUAGAUAUUUGUGUUGGACCUGUGUUUUUAUGUAUUUUAGGUGUAUUACCGAGAGAUAUGAAUCUAACUAUAGAAGAUUUAACAGAUAUACAACAACUAGAUUAUUUAUUCCGAGCUCACGUUAUUCUAGCUCAGAUUCACGGUCGUGGUUCACCAUGUUAUAAAGAUACCUUACUCACAGCUUAUAGUUAUUUACAACGUAUCUGGCAGGUAUCGAUCACUGCUAGUGGACCUACUUUAAAAGAAUUAGCCAAAGUUCCUGUUACAGAAACGGCAAUGUCCGGUAAAAACUCAGCAAAAUCUAAAGGCAAAAAGGACAAAGAAAAAGAGGUUGUUAAAGAGAAACCAAAACGUAAGGGACCGUUAGAUGUUCUACCGGUUUCAACUGAAGAAUGGGCUAAUUAUGAUGUUCCAGAUGAGGUUUUAGAAGCAUUUAAACACGAGGCCAUGAAUAAACAUGGUGUCAAUACACAUACCUUAACUAAACCUUUGUUAACGUCACAUUAUUUAGAAGAACUGACUGAAGAGUUACGUGCCCUUGGUUAUAAUCAUCUCUCUCUACCAGUCUUAGCGUUUCAAGAUCUAAUGGCUCGUGGUAUUUUUAACAAUAAAGCCAUGUCAAACCUCUAUCAUAUCAAGUCUCUGGAGGUGUGUUAUGAACUAGAUAUUAAAACAGGGUGUCUAUUCCAUGAGAAGGCAGUAGGUAAUAUGGAGAUCAGUGAAGAGGAACAGGCGAGGUCACGAGAUGAGAUAGCUAUAUGGAAAGAAAAACAAGUCCAAGUGGCAAGAGAAGAAUUACGUGUCAAAGAAUCACUAGUUCGUCUAGCUACGGAGGGAAAGAUAGAGAAACGAUCUUUAACAUCUAAAACCAUGAACUCUCCUAAUAAGGAAGAGAAACUGGAAACAGUUCAACAUCUUGGUAAAGUUCUAGGAGCCGUAUCUAUGAGAGAAAUAUGGACAUUAACAGCAGAAGUUCUCAUCAGACAAGGUUAUAAUCAACAUGCUAGAGAAUAUCUUCAUGAAGCUAAUUUAGCAGCACAGGCGUUUGGUGAUAAAAAAUUAGAAUCAGGUAUAUUAUAUAUAUUAGGACAGCUAGCGUUUAACGAGGCCCAGUAUGGUCAAUGUUUUAAUCUGUGUCGGUCAGCCCAGAAUCUACAAUGUGGAGACGAGAUGUUCUGGUUUAAAUCCACUAUGUUGAUAAUCGAAGCUACUCUGAAAGAUUACGAAAAUAAAAACAACAAACGAGUGGCUAGAAAGAUUGUUCUACAUGCUAUGAAGGAAUUUAAUCAGAUAUACGAAGAACGACCCAACAGACUGAGUUCUAUUUGUUUUAUAUUAUCUUCUUUUGAAGCUAAACUGGCCACAAUACAGUCAACUAUCUUAAUGGAAGGAGGUAGAAAGAGUACUGUACCUAAAGUUAUGAAAGGUCUUCUGUCAGCUUGUGAGAAAUUUGAGAAUAGUAUAGAGAAGUUACUGGGACUAGGAUAUAGACGGGAGGCGUUACCAUUUAUAAAACAACAUGCUGAUGUAUUAAAACAUAUCGCUAGGGAGGCCAUUGAACCAGAAAUAAAACACACUUAUUUACUACAGUCUCUAGCCGUGUUAAAAGAAGGCGUGGCCAUCACAGAAGAUCUGUUUGCUGAUUCGUUAUCACUCGCAACACUUCAAGAUUCACGUAGUAUGAAUUCACCAUUACAAAGAGAAUUAGUUGAGAUACAGAUAAAAUGUGGUGAAUUAUUAAUAGAUAUACUAAAACUACAAUCUCAGGAGGUCAGAGUUCAACAACUUAACGACGAGAGAAAGGGAUCUGUUUUAUUGUUAGUAGAAGAUUAUAUACGAGAAACUCCAAAAUAUACUCACAUGGAAAAAGAUUGGGUAGAAAUUAAACAAUCAGUUGGUGAAGAAGCAAUGUUAUUAUUAAUAAACAGUCAUAGUUUAGCAGGAAAUAUUAUUCCUCUUCGAACACAGAGUUUGUUAUCAAUUGGUAAAUGUUUACAUCUGUUAGGACAGUCACUUCACCCUAAUCCUCCAUCACAGUGGCUUAAUAAACAUAUGGAGAUGUUGAAAGGUUCGAGUGAGUUGGGUGAAAAUCAAGAUGUAGAAUCUGAGAAAUUAAUAGAAGAAACAAAACAAACCAUUAAAUAUUCUUAUCAGAUUAAACAAAAACAGAAACUAUAUGAAAGUAGUAGAAGUUAUCUCUUACAAGCUUGUGAAUGUUUACUACAAGCUCUCAAUCUUUCUUUAAAUCAUCACUUAUUUAAACUAGCUAGCAGUGCUUCUCUAGAAAUGGUGGAAUUAAUGGGACAGUUUGAUCCAAUGGCAGCUAGCCAGUUUCUAGCUUUACAUCAGAGUUGUGAAACAUCAGUAAAUCUUGGUUCAUUAUUACAACGAGCUCAACUUGAUCCUGUUACAUCUAAACUAUCAGCAUUAUUACAUCAACGAAACAAUAUCCUAGACUCUGAUAUCCAGACUAAUCUAUCAUCCAGUACUAUUAUGUCUUCUGUUAAUUCAGCAUUAGAAAAAGACUGGCAGGCAUGGAAAAGACUGGAUGUUGUCAGUAAUCAUUUAGAAUUGUUGAAAGAAUUUCCUCCUAAUUUUAAUUUCAUUGUUUUACAACAUUCUCCUGAUAGGUCAUUUCUAUAUGGUGCUAUAUUAGAUAAACCAAAACACAGUUCUACAGGGGCAGGAGGAAAGGGCGGCAAACAUCAUUCUUCUUCAGUUCCAAGUCGAGCUAAAAUAUUUGGUGUUGAAACGAGUCCGAAGAUACUAGAAGAAUUAGUAGAAAGAUUCCGUUUUCAUAAACAGAGUGUUCAACAAUUACAACUCAAACAGGAAUAUCAGAGAACACAGGCAGCCUUACGAAAUAAAAUGUUAAAAAAUAUUGAUAACAGUAUUAAACAAGAAGCUAAGGUACAGACAGCCGAAGAUCAACUUGAAGAACAGAGACUGGCUGAAGAGUUUCAACAACUUGUUAUUGCCAUGGAAACAUAUCUCAAACCAGUUAUCAAUCCUUUACAUAAUGCUUUAAGGUCGACCUCCUCACCAACAGGUAGUAUGGCUAAUCUGGCGAAAGAACCAAAAGAUCAUGUUGUGUCGCCAGAAUGUAUAAUACUACUAGCUGAUCCUGUGUUAUUAGAGAUGCCACUAGAAGCUUUAGAGUGUUUACAAUCUGAGUCUGUGUCUUCCCUCUCCAGAGAUUUCUCUCUACAAAUGUUUUCACAUAGAUUCCAUCAAGAGGCUCUUGCAGGAGAGGAUCCCAAUACAGAUAAACAUAAGAAGAAAGCUAAAGAUGCUGGACAGCCAAUGUCACGUAUUCCUGGAGCACGAGAGGCCAAACAGAAACAAGCUAAACUGGUACCGUUAGACCGCCCAAUACAACCCUGGCAGUUCCCAGUCGACACCAUGAACUUUAGAUGUAUCCUUUAUCAUAUUGACAAGGCCUUAGUUAACAUGAGGGUUCUGGGUGGUGCAUGUAUGAGCUGUCUUUUUGACCAUUGCUAUGACGACUGUGCGGAGACAGAAGAAAAUAAACCAGUAACGUUGUUCAAUCAUCUACUAACGGAAUAUGAACAACAGUUUACACCACGCUGGUUAGGAUUGACAGGAGAUGACCAUUCUCCUAGUGUUGGAGAAUGGGAGGUUUAUUUAAAAGAAAGUAGUUCGUUUAUAUUUUAUGGAAUGGAGAGAUUAUUAUCCUAUAUACCUCCGUCUAAACUAGCAGCUUUAAAUAUACCAGAUUGUGUGAUGUUAUUUUGUUUGGAUAUGACUCAGACUAAUAAAAGUUUCUUACGGCAAUCUAAGAUUGAUAUUCUAAAAAGCCACAAUGAUCUGUCUCUAGAGAAACCUGUCGAGUCGGCCAUGUUGUCAAGUCUUUCUGGUAUCAGGUGUCUGUUAGCCAAUCAGUGGCCUUGUACGCUCGCUGAAAACUCACAUAAACUAACCCUUGCUUUUAAAGAUUUAUUGGAGAAAGGUAAAACAACAGGACAGUCGGUACGAUUGAUGAUGUCACCACAGAAACGAGCCAACGAGACUCGAGCAGAAGAAGAAGCGAAAGAACUAGAAGCAGCCAGUUCUCCAGCUGGAAAAGGGAAAGAUGCAGACAAGCAUGAUGAUAAACAUCCGAAAGGAACAACUGGUACCCCAGAUGUGGGUUUAGAAAGUGAGAAAGUGCCAGAAGUUCCACCAGAGUCUGAAAGUCAGAUAAAAUCAUCAUGGUUUAAUCUGGUUUGUUAUGGUCUACCUAACGUUGUUAUUACACAGAUGUGAUGCUUAUCUUGUACCAGUGGUGACCCCAGCUAACCAGAACUGGAUUACAAAUAGGGGGCAGAAUGACACAGAUGUUAAUCUUAUCUUGAACACUUGAGGUUAUACUGAGACCAGGCUAUUAGCAAAGUUGUUAAUACUAUUAUCAAUAAUAUCUUGGCCUAUUGUGUCAAUACAGCUGUCUUUGUGCUCUUCUAUUUAUUUAAAAUGUCUGAAAAUUUAUAUGAAGUAGUCUUAUUAUUUAAUUUACCAGCUGGUAGAACUUGAUUCCAGUGCCUCUUAAGACAUGCUCUUGGGAAUGAAAUCAAAUGCAUGCCUUGUGUAUCUGCGACUUAAUCAAAUUUCUUACUACAUCCAUUUGUAUUGAAUUAUGAUAAGUGAUACAGAUAGUUAACUUGAGCUCUAUCAGCUGGUAAACUGAGUAUUUAGAUGAGUGUGUAUCUUUAAAAUAUAUAAAACAUACAUUGUGAUAUUUUGUUAUUUAUAUUGUUAAAUAUAUUUAUAUUCUGAAUUAAUUAUAUUUAUUUUAUUUGAAUGUUUUAAAAGUUCCAUGGCUAGAGGAGUAUUGAUAAUAUGGGAGAUAACUCAAUAAUACAUAGCUUAUUUGUUAUCAGAACACAAAUAAUUACUGAGAUUAUAAUCUCUAUAUAUACAUGUCUCUUAUUUAACCAAGGUCAGCUUUUGGACUCUUAUAUUGUACAUCAUAAAUAUUACCGGCUUGUCCUUAACUUAUGGUUUGCAAUUAGGUAAGUAUAUCAUAAGGUCACUUUUCUCUCUGAGAUUGAGGCAGUUAUAGGGCAAACAAC